CCUUGUAUAUCUUUGAUCACCAAUGAACCCACCAAGAUUCCUAGAUGAUUCCUCACAAGAGCAACAAUCUAAUCCUGCCAUCAUCAAUUCCAUCUCCAUCGAAACCCUCCAAUCCUCAGCUCAAAAUCUAAUCAAAAGCUGGCACAGAAGGCAAAAAUGGAAUUUCCUUUUCAAUCCAACAGAUGAACAAGGCCAGAAUAAACGAGCACAAUGGAGAAACAACCUAAUUAAAUUCCUAGAAUCAACAAAAGUUCGUGUUAUCGCAAUCUCACUAUUGCUGGUUGAUCUCAUCUUAACUAUUCUUGAACUUUCCUCUUCUUUAUUGUCAUGCACACCAGAAAAGAAUAACUAUAAGAUAGAACGAGUUUGGUAUCACUGGGGAGGGAUCGCUAUACUGAGCCUGCUUUCUGCCAAGGCAAUGGCGCUUGCUGUGGGGCUAGGCAGCUCCCUGUUUCGGCGACCAGGUUAUGUGGUUGAUGGUGCAGUUGUUUUAGGUGCAUUAAUUUUGGAAACAUUGUUGGAGAGGAAAGGAGGAGGUUUGCUUGUUGUGGUGAGUUUAUGGCGAGUGAUUAGAGUGGUGGAGAGUGCGUUUGAGUUGAGUGAUGAGGCCAUUGAAGCACAGAUUGAUGGGAUAGUAUGCCAGUUUGAGCUUCUUAGAGAGGAGAAUACAAGACUAUUACAGACAAUUGCUGAGAAGGAUAUGGUAAUAAACAAGUUACAAAACAUAAUAGAGACGCUACAAGGGAUGAAAUGCAGACAAUCAUAGGCAAAUACAUCUUUUAUGGUAAUAAUGAGCUUUAAGUCAUCUCUAAAACGGUAAAAUCUUAAAAUUUAAAUUUCAAUUA